AAAAGUGCAAUCUGGGCUGCGAUUGUUUUGUGUUAUAAUUAAAAUUUUGAAAAUGGUUUCGCAUUGAUUUAAUAAUAUCGCACUAAAUAUAAUUCAUAGGUAACACACGCACACGCUUUACAAAGUUGGAAUGUUCUGAUUUCAGUUUUACUGACCUCUGAUGGUUGUUUGGGCCGAUUUUUACAAUCUCGUUAUGAGAGCAGCAGUAGCAGUCCAGGAACUAGAUAUUAAAAGGAUAAACAAGGAAGUGUAGAAGGCAAAAAAGAUUCGCUUGAAGCUACUUUCCCCACUCACAAUACUAAGGAUACAUAAACUCGACUCGAAGACUACACUGCAACAUGGGUCGUGUAUUUCUGGAGCAUCUCGGGGGGCUGAAAUUAUUCGAUUGCGCGCAAUGUCACACCAAUUUAACCAAUCGGAGCCAACUCAUUAGUACCAGGUUUACUGGCGCUACAGGACGUGCCUAUCUAUUUAAGCGUGUCGUUAACUUGACUUAUAGCAAUGUUCAGGAGCGUGUAAUGCUUACUGGACGUCAUAUGGUUCGCGAUGUUAUGUGCAAGAACUGUGGAGCAAAGUUGGGGUGGAUGUACGAAUUUGCCACCGAGGAAUCGCAAAAAUACAAAGAAGGCCGUGUGAUCCUGGAAUAUGCACUAAUCAAUGAAUCCGAAGGAUUUGCUUCAGAAACAGGAAGCACAAGUCAAUAAUGGACUUGACCCAUUGAAGCAAGCCACGGCCAGUGACAUUGGCUUCCUAUCAGUUUACAUAUACACAUAUAUACAUAGAUAUGUAUAUGUCCAUAUGUAUGUAUGUAUGUUUUUCUAGCGAUCGCUUAAUGUGGAUGAUGGUGUCAAGAUUAUUAUAGCUCGUAAGCAGAUAGUGUAUUAACCCAAUUAUGCAAUAAAUAUAUAAGGAAUAAAGUUAUGCUAUUUCAUGCUCA